AUGGAACUUGAUUUCUUAGGAAAUGAGCUUGCUGAAUCAGAAUCCUUAGAUGUAACAUUCUUGUCAGGUCAUAUAGCAAGGAAUAAUGCAAACUCUAAUCAUUCAAGAGUGCCAGCACAAAUUUGUAUGGUAUCAAAUAUUGCUUCAUCAACAAUUCAAUCAGAAUUUGAUUCAUGGAAACUAUCAAAUAAACUUAAGAAAUUAUAUAAUCACUUUAACAAUACAGUUUUAAAUCAAUUUCCAUGUGUUCCUUACAUAUUUCCAAAUGUAUCACUCUGCUUUCAUCCAAAUUCAGAAAUUGAAAAAAUUGCUUUAUGCAAAUCAUGUACAAUUGAUGUCUUAUUUGGAAAUAAUACUUCACAAACUUGGUAUCACCCAAUUUUAUUAACAGCAGCUUCUUGA